GUUGGAGCUCGGCGUUAAGCUGGCUGGCUGGCACGGGCUGGUUGGUCGGUCGGUUGAUGGUAGCCAUGGCUCGAGUUAUUGCGCUGCUGCUGCUCUUACCGGUUCUCUUUGAAUCGGUAUUUUCAAUUUCCUUCUUCUUACCGGUCAACUCCAGAAAGUGUUUACGAGAGGAGAUCCACAAAGACGUCCUGGUGACGGGAGAGUAUGAAAUCAGCGAGCAGGCGAACACGAAAACCAAUCUGAAGAUAACAGACUCUUCCAGCCACACUCUUUACUCCAAGGAAGAUGCAACAAAGGGAAAGUUUGCCUUCACCACAGAAGACUACGACAUGUUUGAAGUUUGCUUUGAAAGUAAAUCCCCCAUGGGAACUGGAAGAGUGCCUGACCAACUGGUCAAUCUGGACAUGAAACACGGCGUGGAGGCCAAAAACUACGAAGAGAUUGCGAAAGUGGAGAAACUGAAGCCUCUUGAGGUUGAGCUGAGGCGGCUGGAGGACCUGUCGGAGUCCAUCGUGAACGACUUUGCUUAUAUGAAGAAGAGGGAGGAGGAGAUGCGGGACACCAACGAGUCCACAAACACGCGGGUGCUGUACUUCAGUAUAUUCUCCAUGUGCUGUCUCAUUGGACUGGCCACAUGGCAGGUCUUCUACCUGCGGCGCUUCUUCAAGGCAAAGAAGCUGAUCGAGUAGAUCGGAUCGUCUGGCUCCUUUCCCUCAGGACCAAGGAUCCUGCCUGCCAGUCAGCAGACACAUCCCAGCAUCCACCCUCCUUGGACUAGCUUCAACAAAACAACAGCAAGUGGGGUCGAGAGGCUCGAAAUCUAGUUUUAAAGGUCGAGAGUGUUAAGGUUUUCCUGACGGGGCUGAAAAUACAUUUUAUAGCAGGAGUCACAAAAAGCUGUGCAGACAGAUGUGCGUCUCUCUCUGCACUGUUUUUAGUGUCGCAGCUCACCGAGUAAGAUCUCGUCAGUUCAGUGGCUUUUUUUUUUUUUUUUUUUUUUUUGAACUCCGUUUGAGUGGAUGUGCCAUGAGUGAACGUUUCUGCCCUUCUGUUGAAAUCUGUUCUUUGCCACGCCACACAAACUAGAUCCUCGGUGCCCUUUUCUCAAGUGAAGGCUUCUUUAAAAAUAUGGUUUGUUACUUUCAAUUGGCAACCACUGAAACUUUGUAUUGUGUCACUUAAAUAGCAUACAUGUAUUCAACAGUAUAUUUAGUUUGUUUUUCACCAAGUAAUUGCCACUUAGUUGCUUCUACUGGUAUAUUUCUACUGGGCUGGGUUUGUUUUCUGAUUUUUAGUUUUAUGUAAAUCAAGUCACUUUUAUGAGCUUCGUGCAUGUUCAGGUUGUUCCUGAAACAUCCAUCAAAAGUUUCCAAAAAUCCUGUUUUCCCUCCAGCGUAAUUAGAUUGAUGCAUUUCUACAAGUUUCUCUUGUCACAAAGUUGUUUGGAGGUCGUGACAAGAAAUGAAAAGUUACAAACAUUUGUCCCUUUGCUUUACGUUCUUUGUUUUAUUGUUCACGUGAAGUUUUCAGAUUACCAGUUUCCAAUAACAACCCUUGCAGAUCCAUCCAGUGUCCUUGCUUUUUUUUUUUGUUCUUUAGAAAUGUUUGAGGCUUGGGUCACUUAACUGUGGGUGGUUGCAGAUCUUGUUUUGGACGGGGAAUAAUUGAGGCUGUCCUGGUACAGUUUUUACAAUUAACGUGCAUUCAGCACAGUCAGUGAUUUUUAUGUUGACUGAUACAUUUUUUUGUAAAUUUGUGUUGGGCUUUUAUUCAAUAAAAUAUUGGAUGGAUUU